AUGAGAGUGACUUUGGUAAGUAUUUUUCUGGAGUUUGCGAUGAUGGCUCGGAAAUCAAAAUGUGUACACGAAGGAACUGCCCCAUGCAGGUUCUGCUCACUCAAAGGGAAUAGAUGUGUGCUGGAACUCCCUCACCGUGUAAAGUUGGGAGCACACAGCACCAAGCCGGCGAAGUCUUAUGACAGCCCGAGACAGACCCCAGCCACUUUUAACUGGCACGAGGAAAUAGACGAACCGCCUCGUGAUGAAGCACCAUCCUCGAAGGUAUCCAAAGAAACGCUUAGGGAGGCCAUUGAACGAAUAAGCUACAUUUUUCCGGAAUUUUUUUUCAUCCACAAACCCAGUCUUUUAUUCUCAGCAGACGGGCAGAACUCGCUGAUUUCCAACACCAUCCUGGCGCUGUGCGGAUUUUUCGCACCAAUCGAAAACGACCCAUUUUUGGGUUUAUCAAGCCCACAAGUUCGCGACGAGGUAUACUCCAAGUAUGUUCUGGAGAAGAUUUUUUUUCUGGAUGGAGGAUUGCUCUUGAGCACUCCGAAGCUAGAGGUUGCACAGAGUCUGCUUAUGAUGUCCAUACAUGAAUGGGGAAAAGGUCGCAAUUACAGCAGCUGGAUGGUAUAUGGAAUCUCCACCAAGAUUUUGCAGGCACUGGAGUUCCACAAUGCAACGGAAACUACAAAAAAUGCGUACGAGUAUGAGGUACUUAUUCGGACCUUUUGGUCCUCGUUCUGUGUUGACAGAAUAAUAUCAUCUGGUAAAAACCGGUCCUAUACCUACCUGAUCAAGGAUGUUGCCCAUGUUCCAUUGCCCUCGCCAGACGCUGAUUUUAUGUAUAUGAACCCAGAAGAUUCACAUGUCGCGGUGAUAUCCGAUAUCACUCUAGCAAACUUCUCCCAAAUUCCUCUUGCCGAAAGAAACCAGAUUCUUAUUUACUACAUCAAAAUAUUUCAGAUCUGGGGGGACAUAUCAAAAUGGUUAUUCAAUGGAGGACGUCGUACUGAGCAGAAAGAUCCCUGGGCCGAGGACUCUUUUGUUUUCCAGUCAUUCAUAGCAUUGAAGGAAUGGAAAGAGCUUUUGCCUUCGUCAUUUCAGUGGUCGGUUCAUGCUUUUAGGGUAAACCAGACAGUCAAAACUCACGUACUAUUUGCCACAACCCACUUGGUAUACAACCUCUGCAUUAUUUAUCUGAACCGGGAAUACAUACCUUUCCUCCCACACUCAACACCCUUCCCGCAAGGACCAUAUGAGCCUCCAUUGCUGAACCCGCCUACAGACCCCGAAUAUUGGAAAAUUCAUGCGUCAGAUCUCUUUGCUGCUGCUAAGAACAUGGCACUUAUUGCAUCACAGCUGGAGGCUCUCAAUGAUCCCGUUGAGGGCAUUCAAGAUGUUCCCUUUCUGUCAAAUUGUUAUUUCUUCUGUGCUACAGUAUGUCUCUAUGCAUGCAAAUUUCCCUGGCUGAACCCAGAGAAUAAUCCUGAAGAGCAUGAGUUCUUCGCUAAUGAGCUUAUGUCUUACCUUCAAAAAAGAAUUGGAAUUUCACCACUGUCGGCAAAUUGGCUGACGGUACUUGACCAACUCAAGGAGCUAUAUGGUUUCGUGACACACGAUCUGGAGAGGGCAAGACGGUUAAACAUCGGCAGAGACUAUUUUCUCAAAUUGGAAGAUUCGGUGCAGGCAGUGAACUCUGAUGUUCCUCCUCCUAUAAGAGAUGUCCCCGGGGUGGGUGAUUACCUCAGGAAAGAAGAAAGCAACAACAAAAGGCCGGGAUCUGUCCCAAUGAUGGAAGAUUACAGUCACAGAAGAGCUCCUGAAUCGUCAGAUCUUUUCCUGAUAGGCUCGGAUCAGUCUGCGCAUGAAUUCUUGACGCUCUUCCUUCAGACCAUCACUACCACCUGA